UGUAGCUUACAAGUCAAGGCAAGCUUAACCUAACUUUAUCACAACAAUAUUAUGUAGGACACGAUACAAGACUAAACAGAAAACAGCUAUAACUUUGACUAACCCAAAUUCAGCUGCAAUAUGGCCACUUUCCACGGUAUAGGUGUUAUGUCGGGUACGUCCUUGGACGGUUUGGAUAUUUGCUUUGCAGAGUUUACCGGCGAUAUCGAAACAGACGUGUGGAGUUAUCGCAUUGAAAAAGCGAAGACUGUUCCGUACACGGAUCAGUGGAGAGAAAGACUUAAAACAUCGAUGAAAUUAUCUGGUGAACAACUGAUUCAGCUGCAUGUUGAUUACGGUCAUUAUAUUGGAAAGACAGUGAAAGCUUUCGUCGAUGAGUAUGAGAUCAAGGUUGAUUUUAUUGCUUCACAUGGACAUACCGUCUUUCAUCAGCCGGACAAGGGGUUUACGUUUCAGCUUGGUGACGGAGAAACAGCGGCUGCAUACUUGAUUUCGCCCUACGUGACAAACUUCAGGUCCAAAGACCUGGCCUUAGGGGGACACGGGGCUCCUUUAGCACCUUCGGGCGAACGUUAUUUGUUCCAACAGACAGAUAUUUGUAUUAAUCUUGGAGGCAUCGCUAAUAUUGGGGUUCGAGGAAGCCAGGGUUACGAUGUAUCUCCCUGUAAUAUCGUAUUUAAUCGAUUGGCAAAAUUACAUAAUUCAGACCUGCAGUAUGACAAAGAUGGUCAAAUAGCAUCUAUGGGAGUAGUUAAAAUAGAUUUAUUGAAGCAGUUAGAUGAAUUGGAUUACUAUAAAAUGGAACCUCCAAAAUCUUUAGGAAUGGAAUGGAUAAUCCAGCACAUUUUCCCACUACUAGAUGACACGGUUUACACUAUCCAAGACUUGAUGCGAACGUUUCUACAGCACGUGGUCAACAAGAUAACAGAAGCGUGUGUUGGGAAUUUAUACCCAAAAGAGGACGACCACAACUGUACGGUUUUAAUCACAGGAGGUGGUGCUUUUAACAAGUAUUUCGUGGAAAUUCUCACUUCGAAGCUACACGAACAUGGGAUUGAAUUACAGGAGACGGACGAAGAGACGAUAAAUUACAAGGAAGCUCUUCUGUUUGCAUUUCUGGGAUUACGCUGUCUGCUUGGUUUGGAAAACACUUGUUCUGACGUCACCGGGAGUAGCAGAGAUUCAAUUUCCGGGAGUAUUCACCAGCCUGUAAACCCCACAGCUUCCUGUAGUCCUACAUUACAGGACAGAUUUAACCAUUUGAUGAGAAAGCGAUCACUUUCAACUCAUAUCCCACCGCAGUUUGAAAACUGAAAAAUAUGCUUUAGCCUUUUUUUUAUUUAAAAAAAUUGACUUAUUUUAUUGGUUCACUAAAUCCGCUGCAUCGAACAUCCUCCAGACUUUGACAAUUAAGUAGCCUACAGAUCCAUAAUAAUCGACUGGAUACAAAAUCGUCAAGAAAUUAAAAACUGCUCUUUAUAUAAAUGUGGAGUUUAAUUCACACCGAAAAACAUCACAUGGACACAACAUGAAAAACAAUCCCUGCUACAUAUAGGCCUUAUCACGACGUUUCGACAUUUUUGCCAGUGAUUGUUUUCAAUAUAAAUUGUAUAUUUUUGUAUUGUGUCCAAUGCUAUAUGCCACUGAAGGAUAAAGGUACAUAAAUUUUAUUUUCCAAAC